AGAGAUGGACUGAAGCUUGAAACUGAAAUAUUGGAUGGAAAGCCUAGACUAAUUUUAGCUUCUUACGGUACAUCAAAACCCGCAGUGAAGAUGGGUAAUAAAGCCAGAGUCACUAAACAUGCCUUGAGAAUAAGGCACACCGAGCAUGUUCCGAGGUCAACACAGAAUGCCCUUAUCCAGCAUGAAAGCUUAACAAAACCAAGAAGCACAUCAAGUUUAUCCAUGACAAGAUGUGAUAGACUGCUAGUUACUGCAAAUAACUCCUCACAUGAAGCCCCAACUAAAGAUAACUCUUUGAUUUUCCAAAGAGAUAACAACAGCAGAAUGCUUGAUUCGGAGAAUCUUGAUGUUAAAAAAAGCAAACAGAAAACUCAAAAUGCACAUACAUCAGCUGAAGACCUAAGAAAAAGCUUGGUGUGUUUAACACAAGAGCAGCUUGAACAGAUUUUGAUGACUGUAAAAGAAGGAACUAGAAGUCUCUCUGAAGUUCAUAAUGAAAAGCAAGAGGAAAUGGCUACUGACAAGACAUCAGAGGAAAACACUAUCACAGUGCUCCAAAAAGCUGGUGAAGCUUCAUCCGUUCCACAUGAAGCAAGUUCCAAUUCAAGCAGGAAACAAGAAGCAUAUCCACAACCAGGACAGAAAGCUGUUAUAAAGAAUUCAUGGAAACCUGCUGACAUGUUUAGUACCUUGGGUGAAAGAGAAGGGGAUAAAGCCUUAUUAGAACUUAAAAAGACCCAGUGGAAGAAGGAAUUAGAUGAGCAGGUAGCUCUGAAGAAGAAACUAAAAGAAACUUUGGAAGGAGAGGUGACUGAUUUCUGGAAGAGACCUGGCAGUGAUAAAAUCUAUAUAGAGAAAAUGGAAACAGCUGACCCAGAUAAGACAGUGUUUCCAGCUGAUUCAGUUACUACUAUUGAUGAAAACUGUAGAACUAUUUUAAGCACAGAGGCUAAUGAAGUUCCACUCAGUGUUUCAAGUGGUCCAGCUGGGCAGUGUUCAUAUUUCAGUUCUUCUGACUUACCAACUGUCAAUUACACAGCACUUGUGUUAGGCCUAGAAGCUGCACCACAGGAACAACCUUUAAGUGCUGUGAAACAUGAGCAACAGAAAGAGUGGACUGAAGAGUUAGAGAAAGAGAAGGAAGAAGUUAAGCUACAAAAAGAAAAACUAAUUAUAUCAAAGGCUGAAGAGCAUGACAGAUGGGCAAUGCAUUUUGAUUCUUUAAAGAACCACCUCGAUGCUAAUGCACAACACCCCUUAAAUGGAGCGUACAAAAAGCAGCCUGAAAUUCUUUGCCCAUCACCUGAUCCUAAGGAGCUGACUGCUUUUAUUCACCCUUUUUCAGCUGCAGCUUUAGGCAACCUCAUGCCCUCAAAGGUGGAAAAUGCCGAAAAAGCUGCUAAAAACAGUCCUGCGGAACACAGUCAGAAAGUCAGUUUCCUUCGUUCAAUGACAGCUCUCCUAGAUCCUGCCCAGAUUGAAGAGAGAGACAGAAGGCGGCAGAAACAGUUAGAACACCAGAAAGCAAUAAUGGCUCAAGUAGAAGAAAAGCGGAAGAAGAAACAACUGGAGGAAGAGCACAGGAAAUGGGAAGAGCAAGAGGAAGAACAGCGUCUAGCCCGGGAAAGAGAACUAAUGCAGAAACAAUUUGAAGAAGAUAUGCUGAAGCAAAAACAAAAGGAAGAACUCAUGACCCUUAAAACAAAUGAGCUCUAUCAGACAAUGCAGAAAGCUCAGGAAUUAGCACAGAGAUUAAAACAAGAACAGCGCAUUCGAGACCUGGCGCAGAAAGGACAUGACAUUUCAAAACUCCAGAAGAGUCUUGGUGGUGGUGAUACUGUAUUUGAAAAUUAUAAUACUGUCAUUUCACAUCAAAGUCAUAAUUUUUCUAAUGAAAUUAUCAGUAAAGUUGAUCAGCAAACUUCUCCUCGGAAGGACACUGCUGUACAAACAGAUGACUUUAUUAUGUCAACGUAUGCUCAGUCAGCUGAGGAAAGAACCAAGUGUUGCGGAUCACCUGAUAUUUCCAUAGAAUAUAAAGACACAUCUAACAGCAAAAAAUGCCAAAAAGAAAUGCUCUGUACAGUUAAAAAGAAAAUUGCAGAAGAGGAGAAUGAUGGCAUUUACAAUGAUCUGUAUGAACAAUUUGCAAGAAAAGAAAGACAAGUUAAAUCUAUGGAAAAAUGUGGCAAAAGACCUGACUGGAACAUAAACAAACCUAGAAAAAGAUACAUUCCAGCAUCAGAAAGAUAUCCUAAACAGUUACAGAAACAAAGGGAAGAAAACAAAGUAAGACGACAAAUGGAGCUGCUUCAGUUGGUAGAGAGAAAUACCCCUGGGAAUCUCUGCCAGAAGAAGGGCAGCCCUUCGGAGAGGUCUCCGUCACCUCACCAGGACGUGAGCAGGAAGACUAAGGGACACGCAGGCCGCAAGGAAGAACAAUUACAUAAGAAUCAUUUGAAUGAAGAAAGAUCUGAAUCACCACCUGUUCCAGCAGUUAAGAACAGAUUACACCAAGGACAACAAAAACAGACACAUACUUCUAAUUUCCUGAUGCUUAACAAUAACAGUAGAAGAGACAAAAGUACCAACAUGGACACACAGCAGAGGAGACCCCCUGCUCCACUGACCGACCCUGGGAGGCCUCCCUCUUCCCACUUUGUUCCCUACGUUCGAACAAACGAAGUGUAUUGUCUUGAUCCAGCUGCACCAGUGACUAGACCUUCGACACACGACCCACAGCAUCAACAGUUUAAUGAUUCUUACUCAACAUCGCGGCAGAUAUUUAGCUCUGAUCAUGUUAGAGAUCCUCUUCUGAAUCCUGAUGUGGUUAAAAUCAGAGAGCGACAACAAGCAAUUCUCAAGGGAUUGUCAGAAUUACGCCAGGGCCUCUUGCAGAAACAGAAGGAGUUGGAGACUAGCUUAAUUCCAGCUAUAGCACAAGAAGAGAUCUUUAUUUCCCCACUUUAAAAGUUGAUCCUCUUGACCUCUUCCUGCCCCUCCUGAAGGAGAGCAGCAGUUAGCAUUUGUAGACUUUCU